CCUCGACCGCCCUUUCGGCCGCUGCUUCCAUCGGUUUCCGAGAGCUCCUCACGCUUCCGUCACGAUGGUGCUGCCGAAUGACGUCGAUUUGUUGAAUCCACCGGCUGAGCUCGAGAAGAGGAGGCAUAAGCUGAAGCGCCUCGUCCAGUCGCCCAAUUCCUUCUUCAUGGAUGUGAAAUGCCAAGGUUGUUUCAACAUAACUACGGUCUUCAGCCACUCACAAACUGUGGUGGUCUGCGGGAACUGCCAGACUGUUCUCUGCCAACCAACAGGAGGCCGUGCCAGGCUCACCGAGGGUUGCUCUUUCAGGCGGAAAGGUGACUGAUCUUGUUUGCUAGUAUGAGUUGAUCCAAAAGGGAUAUGAGUCUUGUGGAUCGAGAUGCUGUUACAUCAACUCCAUUUUAGUUAAAGGGACAUGUUUUGUUUUUGUUGGCUAUCCUUUCUUGUUAUUGAAUUAUGUUUUUCUUUGAUGACACUUGAUUCUAGUUUCAUCGUGAUUUAUGCA